AUGGCUGUGAAGAAGGCCUCAGAGAUGUUUUCGAAGAGCUUGAUCGAGGAUGCUCACAAAUGGGGUUGCAUGAAGCAAACGGGCGUGAGCCUCAGAUACAUGAUGGAAUUUGGUUCCACACCUACUGAGAGAAAUCUCUUGAUCUCCGCACAGUUUCUCCACAAGGAGCUUCCGAUUCGCGUCGCCAGGAGAGCGAUCGAACUCGAGACGCUCCCUUACGGCCUCUCUGAGAAACCUGCCGUAUUGAAGGUAAGGGAUUGGUAUCUGGAAUCAUUCAGGGACAUGAGAGCUUUUCCUGAGAUAAAGGAUACGAAUGAUGAGAAAGAGUUCACUCAGAUGAUUAAAGCCGUGAAAGUAAGGCACAACAACGUGGUUCCAAUGAUGGCUCUGGGUGUGAAUCAGCUGAAGAGAGGAGUGGCUUUCUAUGAAAAACUUGAAGAGAUUCAUCAGUUUCUUGAUCGCUUCUACUUGUCUCGAAUAGGGAUCCGUAUGCUUAUUGGGCAGCAUGUUGAAUUGCAUAAUCCAAACCCGCCACUUGAUAUUGUGGGUUACAUACACACCAAGAUGUCUCCUAUGGAGGUAGCAAGGAACGCCAGUGAAGAUGCUCGUUCGAUUUGUUUCCGAGAGUAUGGUUCUGCUCCUGAGAUAAACAUAUACGGCGAUCCAAGUUUCACCUUUCCGUAUGUUCCAACCCAUUUGCAUCUUAUGGUGUAUGAGUUAGUCAAGAACUCUCUACGUGCGGUGCAAGAGCGAUAUGUUGACUCAGAUAGAGUUGCACCACCAAUCCGCAUCAUAGUUGCUGAUGGAAUCGAAGAUGUUACAAUAAAGGUCUCAGAUGAAGGUGGAGGUAUACCGAGAAGCGGUCUCCCAAAAAUAUUCACUUAUCUUUACAGCACUGCAAGAAACCCACUUGAGGAGGAAUUGGAUUUAGGAACAGCUGAUGUUCCGGUGACUAUGGCCGGGUACGGUUAUGGUCUGCCGAUUAGUCGAUUGUAUGCUCGUUAUUUCGGUGGAGAUUUGCAGAUCAUAUCCAUGGAAGGAUACGGGACUGAUGCUUACUUGCACUUGUCUCGUCUUGGAGAUUCGCAAGAGCCUUUGCCCUGA